UGGGAGAAAGAAAUGUGGGGAAGAUGGAAUUCCGGAGCGCUCCUCCGCUUCCUCCUUUCCCCCGGCUGGGGGGAGAAUUGGGCUUCUGCAGGUCAGCAGGGAAGAGAUCCCCAGUGUCCCUUGAGGAGGUAGCCGUGUCCUUCACAGAGGAGGAAUGGGCUCUGCUGGAUCAAAGUCAAAGAAAAGUGUUCUGGGAAGUGAUGGAGGAAAAUUACGACACCAUGGCCUCUCUGUGGGACUACAUUUCCCAGAAGGACUUGCAAGCACCAGAGAGGUCCACCCUGUGCUUUCUCGGUGUUGAGAGAAUGUUUUUACCUCAAAGUGGAGAAGGAACUGUAUGGGAUAUGAAGUUCCACCAAGCCUCUGUUCUAUCUUGUUUCCCCUGGCUGGUGGGAGAAUUUGGCUUUUGUACAUCUGCAGGAAAGAGAUACCCCAUGUCCUUUGAGGAGGUAGCCAUUUCCUUCACAGCAGAGGAAUGGGCUCGCCUGGAUGCAGGCCGAAGAAAACUCUACUGGGAUGUUACAGAGGAAAAUUACGAGAAUGUGGCCUCUCUAGUCUUAUCCGUCGGGAUCUGGGUGGUUCGAAGUGGCACCCUCGGGACCCCGAACCGGAACCUAUUCUGGUGAAGGGGCAGAAACAUCACGAAGUGAAGGAGAUUCUCAAUGCUAAAAUUCAAAGAGGGGUUCUGCACUAUUUGGUCCGCUUUCCUCCCAGCUGUGAUGAGUGGGUGAAAUACUCUGAUCUCAAAGCUCCACGACUACUUAAACAAUUUUACCUACUGCACCCAGACAAACCCCGAGCAAGAGCUUGGGGGGGCAGUAUGUCAGACUAUGCUUCAUUGAAGUUACCUAUGCUUUAUGAUUAUAUUUGAUCCAU